UCUUCUCGCUCGAGCAUCGGUUGGAAGUAAGAAUCGAGAGGAAAAAGUUACAUGUGAAGGCAAACAGGCUGUGCUAAAACAAUAUGGCAGGUUGGAUAAAUCUUCCUUUGAAACGGUCCGAUGGUGUUGAUUUUAAAAAGCCGCUGGAGAAGUUUAUCAAGAACACUUUUUCCGCUGAAGCUGUGUCAGAAAAUGAAGACGCCAUUUCUGAACUGGCGAAGUUAAGAAAUACUGCUGUGAUGCAGACCUUAGACAAACAUGAAUCUGCAUUAGAGCCUAUGUUAAGAACAGCAAUAUCAAGUGUCCAGUAUGAAAGACUGUGUUUAUUGUUUAACAUCGGAGUUUUACAAGGACAGAUAGCUGCAGCUCAAAAUUUUCAGACAGAUGAUGGGUUGAAAACUGCGGCAAAAAUGUUUCAGUCUGCCAGUGGUGCUUUCCAGCUUCUAAAGGAUAAAGUAUUUCCCCUGUUGCAUCAGGUACCAACACCUGACUUAUCUGUGGAGAUGCUGACAGCACUGUCAGCUAUAAUGUUGGCUCAAGGGCAAGAAAGCAUCUGGAAUAAAACAGAACAAGAUAAAAUGAAGGAUGCUGUGAUUGCCAAGGUUGCUGCCCAAGCAGCAGACUUCUAUAAGAGUGCAUACAGUUCUUCACAAGUGACAUCACUUAAACAAGUGUUGGAGAAGGAGUGGAUUACUAUUCUUUCAGCCAAAUCAGACUUCUUCAAAGCGAUAGCAGAAUAUCAUCAGGCUCGUGUGGCCAAGGAUAAAGGAGCUUAUGGCGAGGGUGUGACCAGGUUUAAGCAAGCCGAGCAGCUGAUGGCCAACGCUGUAAAACAAAGCAUGGGACUGAUUGACUGCAAGACGUGGCAGGGAAGAAUUCAGCGAGAGGCGGCAGAGCUUAAAAAAGACAAUGAAUUUAUUUAUCAUGACAAAAUGCCAGAUGUAGACUCGCUGGCGCCUAUUGGCCGCGCAGCUCUCGCCAAGUCUCUGCCGCUAUCCAAACCGGCAUCAUCUAAUUUUGUAGACCUGUUCUCCAAGUUGGUGCCCAUGGCGGUCCACAAUGCCUUGCAGGCGUACGAAUCCCGCAAAGUAGAAAUAAUUAACUUUGAAGUUGGCCGACUUCGCGAAGGAACCCAGUUGAUGAACAGUGUACUUGCGUCGCUGAACUUGCCGGCGGCCAUUGAAGAUUUGUCGGGACAGACGAUUCCCAAGUCACUGUUGGACAAAUCUGCGGCAGUGAAUGAGAAAGGGGGACUGAAUGCUAUCGAUGUAUUAAUGCAGGAGUUACCAGAAUUACUUCAGAGAAAUAGAGAAGUACUUGACGAGGCAACUCGGAUGAUGGACGAAGAGGAACGUCAAGACACACAGAUGAGAGAGCGAUUCACAGCCAAAUGGACGCCCAAACCAUCGGCUGAACUCACUGUCCAGCUCAGACAGGAAGCUGAUAAAUAUCGCGGCAUCAUGGAAAAUGCCGUGCGAGCUGAUGCUGUUGUGCGUGAGAAAUACAACGCGCACCGUCGCAACAUGGAUCUGCUUAGUAAGGGAGAGGCAGAGUUGACAGCGGCGAUUCCUAAAGUGGGAGCUGCUUCGUCGUCAUCAGCGUCCAGCCCUGCUGUCCAGGAACUUAGAAAACUGAUGGAACAGGUGGACACCAUCAAAGCUGAAAGAGAUGCCAUGGAGCAGGACUUGAAAGUGCAACAGGACGAUAUGGCCGUGAAGUUUCUCAGUGCCCUUGCCGCCGAUGGCACUAUCCCGGAUGUAGAGGGAAUUAUCAGCUCUAACCUGAGCGCAGGGUUUGACACGCUGAAGGAAAAUGUCUCUGAAAGCAUGUCGAGACAGGAGAAGAUUCUUGCUUCGGUUCAGACUGCAAAUGAGAAAUUUGUCAGAGAAAAACAGUCUGGACAGGCAGCAACUGAACGUGAAGCCAUGCUGAAAGAUCUGGCGACAGCUUAUGAUAUUUACAUGGAGCUCAUUGGCAAUCUACAGGAAGGGACUAAGUUCUACAAUGAUUUCACUCCGAUCCUGUUGCGUUACCAGCAAAAGGUUAGCGAUCUCGUUUUCGCCCGGAAAACGGAGCGUGAGGAGUUGUCCAGAGAUCUCCAGAAGACAAUAGCGAACCAACCCGCAGAACCAACUCCUCAAGCGCCGCCACACCAUCAACCUUCAGGUGCUCGAGUUCCUCCUGGUCGCCCCCCUCCUCCGUCUACUCAGCCACAGCAGCAGCCAAGACCGAUGGCCCCUCCAACCUCAGCUCCACCAGCUGCUACCCCAGGGGCACCCCCGACGGCUCCUCCCUCUGGAGCUCCCCAACCGUACCCUGGUCAACAGUACCAACCGAUGCCUCCCCCUGGAUACAUGCCUUAUCAGUAUGGCAGUUAUUCACCUCCAGGAGGAAUCGGCGGAAUACCCGGAGGGUAUCCGGGAUACGCGCCCCCACUACCCCCCGGUUAUUAUUACGGUGGUCCAUAUGGAAUGCCUCAAGGCUACCCCCCUCAGGGGCAGCAACCUCCACCCGGGCAACAACCUCCCCCUGGGGGUUAUCCACCUCGUUAGUUCGCGUGAGGUGUUUUAGGUAGGGGACUAGGCAAUAAAACUGCCAAUAGAGUAUAGGUGUAAUUUCCGAUUUAUAUUUGAGCAUUAGCCAUGGACGUGAAAAUGUCUAAAACCUAAAACAAGCUGCAUACUUGAACUCCAAGAUAUAGCUAUAAAUUUAACACGACCAGCAGUCCACAUAGCGCAGCCAUUAUUCAUUUUCCUUGGUCCUCUGCACUUUGCAUGAUAUUUGAUUAUAGCGGUAAGUCCGCAAAAGAAACGACAUCCAAUUUCAAACGAUGAUUGUUGUGUGCAUCGUUAAACUGGCGAAAAGAAAUGGAGAUGGGUAGCAAUAGAAAUUUGUGAUUAUGUACUAUUAGUUCUACCUCAGUUGCUCAAAACCUCGCGCAGACAGACACUUAGCCAUGUUAUAUUUGACAAACACGUCCUACCAAUAUUCGUAAUAUUGGCAGGACGUGUUUGUCAAAUAAUGAACGUUAUAGCUAGCCACUAUUAUGGAAUGAAGAUUGCAACAGCUUUAAAAUUUCGCGAUUUUAGACUUUUGGCGACACUUUUUGCGAAUUUGGCGAAUCUUUAGUCUGAUAUGCGAAACAUUCAGUGACAUCAAAUUUUCGCGGCUAAAAAAUAAACGAAAAACGAGAAAAUUAGAGUUUGCGACAAUUCUUUUUGAUAAGGUAGCUAUUUUCAAUGUUUAUCGAAACUAAUUCAUGUUCAUGAUUAACCCCCACAUUCUCCCUGCUGUUUUGAUACAUUUAGUCUGAUCAAUAGUCGGGAGAAUUUAGAUUCAAGUCAAAACGGUUGACUUGAGAUGAUCAACCCUUGUCCUCUGAUUUAUUUGAUCUUGAACUUGAUCACUAAUAGGUUUUGUUAAUAGAGCGGUUUUCAAUUGAGUGUCGUAAAACCAAAACCAAAUUAAUUACUGUAGCCAAUCACAAAGGACGGAUA